AGAGAGAGAGAGGGGCCGGACAGGGUGUGCUGCUGAGCAGGAAGUUAAAGGUACACGAUAUUAGAGUUGACUUUGAUCAGAGAGCAGCUUCUGUACUGUGGACUCAGUUUAUUAGCAGUCGACACGAUGGCUGAAGGAAAGAGCGCAUGCGCGAAAAGCUGCGCAGACAGCGCCGUUCACGUAGACGUCAAGGACUAUUACGGCAAAGUGCUGAAGAAGUCCUCAGACCUGAAGACCAAUGCCUGCGUGACUCCAGCCAAGCCCAUCCCUGCCUUCAUCCGCCAGGCUCUGAAGAAAGUUCACCCUGAAGUCACUGACAGGUAUUAUGGCUGUGGUCUGGUGGUGCCCGAGUGCUUGGAGGGCUGCAGGAUACUGGACCUGGGCAGUGGAAGUGGGAGAGACUGCUACAUGCUCAGUCAGCUGGUUGGGGAGAAGGGUCAUGUCACUGGUAUCGACAUGACCGAGGACCAGCUUGAAGUGGCCAGGACUUACGUGGACUAUCACACGAAAGAGUUUGGCUACAAGAAGCCCAAUGUCAAUUUUGUCCAGGGCUUCAUAGAGACUCUCACAGAAGCUGGUCUGGAAAAGAACUCCUUUGAUAUCAUUAUUUCCAACUGUGUGGUGAAUCUCUCUCCAGACAAGAAGCGAGUCCUGGCUGAAGCCUACAGUGUGCUCAAGGACGGCGGUGAACUGUACUUCAGUGACAUAUACAGCAGUGGAAGACUAACAGAGGAAAUUAAAAAUCACAAAGUCCUGUGGGGUGAGUGUCUUGGUGGAGCACUGUGGUGGAAGGAUCUGUUGCAGUUGGCUGAAGAAGUGGGCUUCAGCCCACCACGACUGGUUACGGCCAGUGUCAUCACUGUUGACAACAAAGAGCUGCAGGACGUUCUGGGUGACUUCAAAUUUGUCUCUGCCACAUACCGCCUGUUCAAGGUCCCUAAAGGCAACAGCAAGCCCUGUCAGAUCAUAUAUAACGGGACCAUUACAGGAGUGGAGGAAAGCUUCCAGUUUGACUGUCAGUACACAUUCAAGGUCGAUGAGGUGGUGGAGGUCGAUGCAGAGGUGGCAACCAUCCUGACAAAUUCCAGAUUUACAGAGGACUUCACUUGCCAGCCACCGGGAGGCCCCUCUAAGUCCUGUGGAGUCAAGCCUAAGGCAGGCGUUGUGGAUCCUUUCGAGCUGGUCCUUCAGCUGGGGAAACAGAGUCCAGGUUCAGCCACAGGGGGAUGCUGCAGCACACAGUCUGCCUCCUGCUGCAAAUGAUGGUGGGAAGAGCACCGUGAAACACAGGCCCAGCAUCAUGCUGCGUAUGCAUGAUAAUAGUAGUUCAGAGGGACAGACUUAAUUAUGUCAUUGUUUGUGUCUUAAUUAACAUUUCAAAUGAGAUUGCAGCAAAUGAAAUGAAUCUUUGCUGACAUGAAUGUGUCUUAAUGGAAAACAGAAAAGACUGUAUGAAUUUCAUUUUUUUUCAGAUGGUAAUCUUGCAUGAAUAAAAUCACUGUGGCUUUGUAUCAAGGCAAAAAAAAAAAAAAAGUAUUGAGCACUGCUAAAAAAAAAUCUCUUAGACAUCUGAGUUUCACGUCCCUGCCAUUCACACCUUUAUCAAGACUUUUCCCAUCUUUGCCUCAACAUAUGACACUAUCUGUUGUUAUAGCAUAUUACUAAUUUUAUUGAUUUGUUCAGGCAGUGUAUUGAUAUGAUUUGCUUGUAUAGGAGAAUAAAUAUUGUCAAUCAGUA